CCAAGCAGUGGCACCGGGCACCGCAGGAAACCUCGGUUCCUGCCAAGGCUCUGCAGCCAGCACUGACCAUGGGCUCCCUGUCCCUGUGGCUCUAAAGUUCUCAAUUCCCAAAGAGGGUUGCCUUUAAGAGAAAUGAUGGUUUUUCUAGGGGUAACGUUGGCCCUUCUUGUUCCAGGAGCUGAUCACUCAAACCUCUCAACAAGGAGACGGAACUAUGCAGCUGAAUCCUGAUGGGAAACAGCGGACUUCUCUUACAAAGGUAGAGUCUUCUCCGUGUUACUUACUGACUGUAAGAGUCAUAAGAGCAAGAAAUAUCCACCAGGCAGAUGUCUUGAGCCAUACUGAUUGCUACGUGAGCCUGUGGCUGCCGACUGCUUCAAACGACAAAUUUCAGACUAAAGCCAUCAGGAAUUGCAAAGAUCCAGUCUGGAAUGAAACUUUCUACUUCAGGAUCCAGAGUCAGGUCAAGAAUGUGCUGGAGCUGGCUCUCUAUGAUAAGGAUGUGGUUACUCAGGAUGACCACCUCUUCACGGUGUACUUUGACAUAGCCAAACUUUCCCUGGGGGAGGAAGUCUUCAUGCACUUCAAGUGUGAUUCACAGAGACGAGAGGAACUGGAGGUGGGAUUUGCCUUGGAUAAUAUUUCAGGCCCUCCUGAAACCAUCAUUACUAAUGGAGUGCUAGUGUCUCGCAAAAUCUGCUGCUUAGAAGUUCAGGUGGUUGAGAAGAAGAAGAAAAAGAAGAAAUCAAAAAAAGAAUUUUCCUUUAAAGUGCAAGGCUCUUAUGAAGGCACCCAGGACAUUGUGCUGGGAUCUGGUCUGGCUUUCAGCUCCUCCUUUCCUGCCAAAUUCCACUAUGCCAGAUACAAGCAGCCAACACUGGAUGUUACACUACCAGGAAAGAAACGACCUCCCUCCUCAAACUCACAUGUGUAUGAUACAAGCUCUGCAAAUGUGGAACUUCAUUCCAUUCCAAGUGGAAAAAAUAUGAUCUUAGCAGAGGAUAAAAGAUUUGAUUUAUUUGCGAAGGCAGAAGACUGCCCAGACCACCUUGAUGUGCGUUUAGGAUUUGAUCUCUGCAUACAGGAACAAGACUUUCUCUGCAAAAGGAAGAAUUAUGUUAUGCCUGCUCUGAAGAAGGUUCUGCAGCUGGAACAGGAUCUGCUGGACCAUGAGAGCCCGGUGGUGGCCGUCAUGACCACGGGAGGAGGGAUGAGAUCCUUGACAGCACUCUAUGGCAGCCUGAGGGGGCUCAAGAAGCUCAAUGUCUUGGACUGUGCCACCUACCUGACUGGCUUGUCUGGUACUACAUGGACCAUGUCAAACUUGUACAGAGAUGCUGACUGGUCACGAAAGGAUCUCGACAAGCAAAUCAGUGAGGCUCGAAAACAUAUGACAAAAUGCAAAAUAAAUUCCUUUUCCUUGGAAUAUUUGAAGUAUUACAAAAAGCAGCUGUGCCAACGGAAAAGAGAGGGCCGCAAAACGUCUUUUAUAGAUCUCUGGGGGCUUGUCCUGGAAUCUUUUUUGCAUGAUGGGAAAGACAACCACAGACUCUCAGAUCAGCAACAGGCCAUUGAUCGUGGUCAGAACCCACUUCCUAUCUACACUGCAGUCAAUGUCAAGAACAACUACAGCACUCUGGAUUUCAAAGAAUGGGUGGAGUUCACCCCAUAUGAGGUGGGAUUGCAAAAAUAUGGAGUUUUUGUACGCACGGAGGAUUUUGGCAGUGAAUUCUUCAUGGGACGAUUGAUGAAGAAGGUCCCUGAAUCCAGGAUCUGCUUCUUGGAAGGCAUGUGGAGUAGUUUAUUUUCAUUCAAUGUGUUAUAUAUCUGGAAUUUGUCCCAUUCAUCAGAAGAUUUCUGGCACAGGUGGACCAGGGACCAAAUUGACAAUAUAGAGGAGGAGCCCCCGCUGCUCGUGAAGCCUCAGGAGCUGCAGACACGGCUGUUCACACCGCCCGGGCCCCUGGGCAGCGCCCUGCGCGCUGUCCUCGCCGACCGCGUCUGCAUCGCCCAGGAGCACAACUUCCUCAAGGGCUUCCAGAUGCACGACGACUACCUGGAGAAUACACACUUCCGCAGGUGGAAAGAUACUGUGUUAGACACAUUUCCCAACCAGCUGACACAAUCAGAUCAAUUCCUGUCUCUGGUAGAUACUGGAUUUUUCAUCAAUACAAGCAUCAUGCCACUUUUAAAACCAGAGAGAAAGGUGGACGUCAUCCUGCAUUUAAAUUACAGUGCAGGAUCCCAGAUACAGGCUUUGGACCAGACCUGCAAGUACUGCUCCGAGCAGGGAAUUGCUUUUCCCAGGGUAGACUUGAGUGAAGAAGACAGGAAAAAGCUGAAGGAGUGUUACCUCUUUGAUGGUGCUGAGACUCCAGGAGCACCAGUACUGCUAUUUUUCCCACUAGUUAAUGAUACCUUCCAAAAAUACAAAGCACCAGGUCAGAAGCGCUCAGAGUCAGAGAUGGAAGAUGGCAAAGUUGAUCUCUAUGGCUGCUGUUCCCCGUAUUCAACAUAUUCCCUUCAGUACACUGAGAAGGAGUAUGACCUCCUGGUUCAGCUGGGCGAAUACAACAUCCUCAAUAACGAAGACCUCAUUGUACAGGCCUUGCGCACAGCAGUGGCACGGAAAAGGCAGAUAAAGAAAUGAUGUCAAACAAGACAGGGUGUUUUUAAGUCCCUUAACCUGCCAAGAGACUGAAGGUCUCUUACAAUUAGCCAGCAGGCUUCAAAGUAUUCCUGCUCAAUCCCACUAUUUAGUAAUCUCAGGUGAACAAAAAAGACUGAAGAAAACCUUUUUCUCCGAAGAAUUUCACUGCAGUAAAUCAUUGCGAUUCAGUUACAACAGAGUAUGAAUUGUUCUAUGAUACAGAGGAUGGGCAGCCAUAAAACAGGUGCUAAAAUGAUAAUAAAUAUGGUGCUUGUUGCCCUGAGAAAGAGCUUUUAGUGUUUAAGCCUGACAUCUU